UAGAUAGUUUGAAGAAUUGGUAUAAAAAACGGUUUUAGUUGAAUUUUUAUCAUUUUAUUAUCAACUUAUCGCGUCUUCAACAAGUUUAAAAAAUUUGAUUAACUUUCGUGUUUAAGUAACAUUUUAAUUAACCUCAUCAUGAAUUUCAAUAUCUUCCAAAUCAUCGUUGUUCUCGUUUCUUUAAUCGGAAUUGCUUCAGUGAUUGGUGCUCCUGUUUCUCAAGCUCCUAAUGCUAAUGAUGGAUCACCAACAGGCGAGGUUUCAAACCAAGGCGAUCCGUACGGACAGAGAGGUCUAUUCAAUUACAAAGGUCAACCGGGUCCCUCGCCCGGUUAUGUUCCGUUCAGUUCUGGAGGUCAACCGGGUCCCCCGCCCGGUUAUGUUUCGUUAAGUUCUGGAGGUCAACCGGGUCCCCCACCCGGUUAUGUUCCGUUCAGUUCUGGAGGUCAACCGGGUCCCCCGCCCGGUUAUGUUCCGUUCGUUUAUUGAGGUCCAUUCCUUGGAUCUGCUUGGUUUUGGAGGGAGAUUUGACCGGAGUUGAUCGCGGUAAAGGUCAAGGAAGUUCACUUGGUCAGGGAGUUAAACAAAACAUACAGCCUAAAAUCUAGGAUAUUAAUUUUAGUUUAUUUCAUGUAAACUCAAAAUCUCGAUGAAUGA